AAAAAAAAGAAAAAAAAAAGAAAAGAAGAAGCCGCCUUAAAAACGGCGCGGCAACGCCUACCAUUCCUCUCUCUCUCCUCCUCUUCCUCCUCCGUUUCCUUUUUUAGGGUUUCUCUAAACCCUAAUCUCCAACGCUUCUUCAUCAACCCUAGAAGCGUCGGUGGAUGCUCCUCUCCUCCUACUCCUCCUCCACCUUCACCUCCGGAGCUUAAAUCCAUGGACACCUCCGCUGGGGGGUCGGAGCCCCGAGAAGCCCCAAAGGAAGCGGAGAAGCCGAAUAUCGAGCCGUUGCGGCUUCCAACGGUCGAGGAAAUGCGGGGCCAGGAUAUAUGGAACAAUUGCGCCGUUCGGAGCGUCGUUAGUGGGAUCAUGGGAGGUGGUCUUGGUCUGUUCAUGGGCUUGUUAUUUGGAGCUUUGGACAAUCCACUUAUGCAGGAGCAGAUGACUGCAAGACAACAAUUCAUUUAUACAGCUAAGCAGAUGGGCAGGAGAAGUUGGAGCUCCGCAAAAACUUUUGCUUUUAUGGGUUUGAUAUUCUCCGCUGCUGAAUGUGUUGUAGAGAAGGCUCGAGCAAAACAUGACACAACAAACACUGUUGUUGCUGGUUGUGUUACUGGAGGAGCUCUUUCUGCAAAAGGUGGCCCAAAGGCUGCUUGUGCUGGAUGUGCAGGUUUCGCUGCAUUUUCUGUGGUGAUCGAAAAGUUCCUCGAUCGACAUGGUUGAUGAACAGGUGACCGCAACAUGCUUUUUUAGCCUUGUAUUAUUGGAACGCAGCAAAUUAAUGUAGGGAUUUUGAGUUCUUCCAUCCCUUCACACUCUUAGAGAUCAGUAAGAUUUAAGAUGAUUUCUUUCGAGCGGAUUUUGUCUCCAUUUUUUUUUUUUUUUUUGUGGGGGUGAGGGGCUUGGUCCUUCACAUUUAGAUUCCUUCGAAAAUUUUGGCUAUUUAUUACGAGUUUUGCUAUUCCUGAUUCUUCGCACUUACAUGAUUUCAUAUGGGUAUCUCAAACCCAUUCAUGUAUUCGGAUGGUGACCAGUGAACAAAAUUGAUGAAUUUUUGCUGUUGGAUGUAUUAUUAAUAUAUGCUUAACUAUAAAUAAAUGGCAACUAUCUCUACUCCGAU